AUGUGCGUGCAGGCCCUGAGGGAACAAGUGCAAGAGGAAGGAAAGGAAAACAAAGGAGUGGAGCUUCAAGCAAGAGAAGAAGUGGCGACGGCUGUGGUGGAAUUGCUGAGGGCCUUUCCUCAUCCCUCGACGUUUCCGUGGCGGGAAGUUUUUGUGACUGGCAAAUCGGAAACAGAAGUUAUGAGAGACAUGGCUGUUUUAUUUGGUGAUUCAGCGAUAAUUCAGGCUCUUGGUGAUCCCGGCUCUGUGUUGCAAUGUGAGUGUUGCCAAAGAACGGCGCAUGCUGAUGAGCAGGACGAAGGUGCAGUUAUUGGCAGCAUGCCGGACAUUUGCAUCGCGUACCAGCUGUUGUGCGAGUACCAGGUGCAUCGGAUUUCCUUGCGGGACUGGCUGUACCAGUUUGAUGAAGCAUUGCGCUCUUCGGGUUCCACUAAAGCAGCGUCGAAAUCCGAAGCUUUGGAAGAACCGUCAGCGACUGUGCAAGCACGAUUUUCGCAAGCUGUGGCGGAGUUGGAGCUCUUGGGGAUCAUUGUACCUGCUGCCAGACCUCCGGAUCAUAUGGAGAGGAUAUAUUGAAGGUUUCUACAGUUUUUUUUUCCAGCGAUUUUAUCGUGCAUGUCUUGGGUAUUCAUUUUGUUUUCAAGUUACGUGUUUUGUAAUUUUCAUCAUGAGAAUAAAAGAAUCUUUCACACCUUU